AUGGUGCAUGGGGACCUUUUUGGAGUACACAAGUCAACAGUGAGCAGAAUUGAUGGAAGAGUAUCACAGGCAAUUGCAGCCUUGAAAAAUCAGUAUAUAAGGUUUGCCCCAACAGGAGAAACAUCUGCUGGAUUUUACAGAAGAGCUGGUUUUCCAGGAGUUAUAGGAGCAAUUGACUGUACUCACAUUCCCAUUCAAAACCCAGGUGGAGAAAAUGGAGAGUUGUUUCGCAACAGGAAGGGCUACUGUUCCAUCAAUAUUCAAGUUGUGUGUGAUGAGAAGGCCCAAAUCACCAACAUUGUAGCUCGAUGGCCAGGAUCUACACAUGAUAGCAGGAUCUUUGAUAACAGCCACCUCUGCGCUCUGCUUGAAAGCCAUGCAUUUCAGGGCCACCUAGUAGGUGACAAUGGAUCCCCCUGUUGCGCCUACCUACUGACACCCAUCCUGAACCCUUCAAUGCCAGCUGAGAAACGAUACAACACCUGUCACAUUGCAGCAAGAGGUCUUGUCGAGAGGGUGUUUCCCUGCCUGCAGAAUGGGCUUCGAACAAAGCUUGAUACAACACUGGCAGUCAUUGUUGCUCUGGCAGUGCUGUAUAACUUUGGGAAAAGACUUGGAGAUGAGGUGCUACCAGAGUUUGAAGUGGAUUACCGAAUUGGGAACACAGAGGAAGAAGGAGAGGAGCACAAUGCUGCCAAUGCAAAUGGCAAUGCUGUCCGGAGGACCUUGAUUGAAAACCAUUUCACUGCAUAA